AACAGUGUGUAAGACCCGCACCAGUCAGGGCUGAGUAAAGGCAUUCAGAGAUCGUCUGUAUGUUGUUGUGUGAGCGAAUAUACAGUCAUGGCUAACGGGCAGAAAGAGGUGCUCUUUAAACGUGGUGGACAGAGUGAUGAUUCGGAUAUAUGGGAUGACACCGCAUUAAUAAAGGCUUAUGAUAAAGCCGUCACUUCCUUUAAGAAUGCACUUAAGAAUGAGGAUAGCACAGAGUCAUCCAACAAAGAACAAUCCAGUACAGGAACGAAACGGAAGAACAGCAAAAAGAACAAGAGCAGGAAGAAAAGCAAUGCAGUGCCAGACAAAGAGUGGAAGGUUGGGGAUACUUGUAAAGCUGUAUGGUCAGCAGAUGGCAAUGCAUACCAAGCAACUAUUACAUCUAUAGACGUAAAGAAAGGGACUUGUAAUGUUAUUUACACAUCAUAUGGAAAUAAGGAACAACAGAGCCUAUCGGAUCUUCUGUCUGAUAAUUCUGAAGCAGAAAGUGAGAAAGCAGUUUUGGAAGAGGAAAAAGAUGCUCCAUUUUCAACAGAAGAGAGUGACAGAUCUCCCACACCACAGCAGCACAGAACCAGAACCAAAUCCAAACCCAAACCCAAGUCGGCUGCUGCUCUGCCACAAUGGAGUCACAGAUGUCCACCGCUCCCACCGGCAGUGGCAGGGCUUGGCAUGCCUCCCAGGUUUGGGGGGUCGCCUCCUAUCUUCCCAGGCUUUCCUCCAACAAUUCCUGCUGGACCACCGCUCAUCCCUCCUCCACCUCCAAUGGGCCCUGAUUCAGCUGAGGAUGAUGAAGCAUUGGGCAGCAUGUUGAUAGCAUGGUACAUGAGCGGCUAUCACACUGGCUACUAUCUAGGACUCAAACAAGGCAGAAAGGAAACUGCUUUAGGAAAUCGUUCACGCCACAAAUGAACUGCACUGCUCGUCCUGGACACACAAUGGUGACGGGUGGAAUUCUCUCCCUGGGAGAGGAAUGCAGUGCUUUUCAGGAUGUGCAGUGAGAUGACUCAUCCAUUUGGAUAUCAGCAAAUCACACUGGGGAGCAAACCAGGACUGCAGCUGCUGUUAGCUUUUUUUUUUUUUUUUGUUUAAACUAGUUCUAUACUUUUGUAUUUGUUGUAAAUAAAAAAU